CCUUUUGCUUCUUUCAUAACCAGUUAAAUGAGGAUUCUAUGGAGCCACCGCUUGGAUGGAGUAAAGAAACCAAUAACAUAGGAAGAAGAAGAAAUCCUCUCAAGGUGAUGAUCUUGCAGAAUUCUUGACAUAGCAGAUAAGAAAGAAAAAAAGAGUCAAGUAUCUGCAUUGCAAUUAAAUACCCUUAUUACUGUUGAUAUGGCGGAGAAACCCCAUACAUGCUUAGCCUGUGGACAGAGCUUCACCUACAGUUCAGGUCUACGUUCACAUCAAAGGAGUCACACUGGAGAAAAACCCUAUAAAUGUCUGGAAUGUGGAAAGAGCUUCACUGAGACUGGAAACCUACGUAGACAUCAAAGGAUCCACACUGGGGAGAAACCCUUUACAUGCCUGGAGUGUGGAAUGAGCUUCACGCAGAGGGGAAGCCUACGUAGACAUCAAAGGACUCACACUGGGGAACAACCCUAUAAAUGUCUGGAAUGUGGAAAGAGCUUCACUGAGACUGGAAACCUACGUAAACAUCAAAGGACUCACACUGGGGAGAAACCCUAUACAUGCUUAGCAUGUGGACAGAGCUUCACUCAKAGUUCCGGACUACYUUCACAUCAAAGYACCCACACUGGGGAGAAACCCUAUACAUGCCUGGAGUGUGGACAGAGCUUCACUGUGACUGGAAACCUACAUAGGCAUCAAAGGACUCACACUGGGGAGAAACCCUAUACAUGCCUGGAGUGUGGACAGAGCUUCACCGACAUUUCAGGUCUACGUUCACAUCAAAGGACUCACACUGGGGAGAAACCCUUUAAAUGCAUGGAGUGUGGAAAGAGUUUCUCUCAGAGUGAACAUCUACGUUCACAUCAAAGGACUCACACUGGGGAGAAACCCUAUACAUGCCUAGAGUGUGGACAGAGCUUCACUAAGAGUGCAAAUCUACGUAGACAUGAAAGGACUCAUACUGGGGAGAAACCCUAUACAUGCUUUGAAUGUGGGCAGAGCUUCUCUCAGCGUGGAAGUCUAUAUUCACAUCAAAGGACUCACACUGGGGAGAAACCUUAUAAAUGCCUCUACUGUGGACAGAGUUUCACUCAUAGUAAAAGUCUACAUUCACAUCAAAGGACUCACACUGGGGAGAAACCCUAUACAUGCCUGGAGUGUGGAAUGAGCUUUACCCAAAUGGGACAUCUACGCUCACAUCAAAGGACUCACACUGGGGAAAAACCCUAUACAUGCCUAGAGUGUGGACAGAGCUUCACUGAGACUGGAAGCCUAGGUAGACAUCAAAGGACUCACACUGGGGAGAAACCCUAUACAUGCCUAGAGUGUGGAGAGAGCUUCACUCAAAGUUCAGGUCUACAUUCACAUCAAAGGACUCACACUGGGAAGAAACCCUAUAAAUGCCUGGAGUGUGGAAGGAAUUUUACUCAGAGUUCAAAUCUACGUUCCCAUCAAAGGACUCACACUGGGGAGAAACCCUAUACAUGCCUGGAGUGUGGAAUGUGCUUUACCCGAAUGGGACAUCUACACUCACAUCAAAGGACUCACACUGGGGAGAAACCCUAUACAUGCCUAGAGUGUGGACAGAGUUUCACUGAGACUGGAAGCCUACGUAGACAUCAAAGGACUCACACUGGGGAGAAACCCUAUACAUGCACACAGUGUGGACAGAGCUUCACUGAGACUGGAAGCUUACGUAAACAUAAAAGGACUCACACUGGGGAGAAACCUUAUACAUGCCUGGAGUGUGGACAGAGCUUCACUGAGACUGGAAGCCUACGUAGACAUCAAAGGACUCACACUGGGGAGAAACCUUAUACAUGCAUAGAGUGUGGAAAGAGCUUCAUUCAGAGUGGAAGUCUACGUUCACAUCAAAGGACUCACACUGGGGAGAAACCCUAUAAAUGCCUGGAGUGUGGACAGAGCUUCACCCAAAGUUCAGGUCUAUGUUCACAUCAAAGGACUCACACUGGGGAGAAACCCUAUAGCAUGUGAAAAGAGCUUCUUGGACAGUUGAACUCUACAUAGACAUAGAAUUCACAUUGGAGAGAACAGUGGUAUCUGACCCCAGAGACACUCUCUAAGACAGAGUUUUCCAAACCUU